AUGCGUUACUCCACCAUUAUCACUGCCGCCCUUUUCCUCUUCUCUUCGGGCUUAGCUGCUCCCACGACAGAAGCUCGGGCUUCUGAUCUCGAAGCCCGCGCCUGUAUCGGUCCAGAUGUAAACGCUGCAACAAUCAGCUUGAUUAAAGAAUUCGAAGGUUUUGUUCCCAGACCUGCCCCAGAUCCAAUCGGUUUGCCGACUGUCGGCUAUGGACAUCUUUGCAAAAGCAAGGGAUGCAGUGAAGUCCCAUACCCAUUUCCCCUAACGCAAGACACCGCCACAAGCCUGUUGAAAUCCGACCUGAAAGAGUUCCAACAAACUAUCACACUUUCAACUAAGACCCUCGUGGUCCUCAACGCCAACCAAUACGGUGCCCUUGUCUCCUGGUCCUUCAACGUUGGCAGUGCCGCUGCAAAGUCAUCUACCCUCAUCCAGAGGUUAAAUGCUGGACAGGCCCCUAACACUGUCAUCUCCGAGGAGUUGCCCAAGUGGAACAAGGCCGGUGGCCAGGUGCUUCCAGGUCUUGUUCGCAGACGAAAUGCGGAGGUUAAUCUGGCCAAAACCCCAACAAACGUUAAGGCCUUGCCUGUUGGAUGUUGA